CGGGUCCUGGGGAGCACGGGUGAGCUCGGCUACGGGUGAGCUCGGCUAAGGGUGACGUUGGUGUGCGCCGGGGUGGGUGAGCGCUGGUGCAGAUGAGCGAAGCUGCGGGCGAGCGCGGUUGGUGAUGAGCGCUGAUGCGGGGCCCGGCGCGGUCAUGGCCGAAGAGGCGGCUACAUCGGAACAGGUCCCGGGCCCCGAGGGACCCCAGGAGGAGGAUGUUCCCGGAGAUGCCGCGGGGUCCUCCCCGCUGCCGUACCCCGGGUUGGCCCCCGUCGCCUUCUUCUGCAUGCGGCAGACGAGCGGCCCGCGCAGGUGGUGUCUCCGCCUCGUGUGCGACCCGUGGUUCGAGCGUGCCAGCAUGCUCGUGAUCCUGCUCAACUGCGCCACGCUCGGCAUGUUCCAGCCGUGCGCCGAGGGGCAGUGCCGCGCCCAGCGCUGCAGCGUGCUGCAGGCAUUCGAUGACUUCAUCUUCACGUUCUUCGCGGUGGAGAUGAUCCUCAAGAUGAUGGCGCUGGGGAUCUGGGGCCGCGCGGGGUAUCUGGGGGACACGUGGAACCGCCUCGACUUCUUCAUCGUGCUGGCGGGCAUGCUGGAGUACUCGCUGGACAUGGAGAGCGUCAGCCUCUCCGCUAUCCGCACGAUCCGCGUGCUGCGCCCACUGCGAGCGAUCAACCGCGUCCCCAGCAUGCGCAUCCUGGUGACGCUGCUGCUCGACACGCUGCCCAUGCUGGGAAACGUGCUGCUCCUCUGCUUCUUCGUCUUCUUCAUCUUCGGCAUCGUCGGGGUUCAGCUGUGGGCCGGCCUGCUGCGCAACCGCUGCUUCCUGCGCGAGGCGAACGCCACCCUGGACGUGGACGGCUCCUCGCUGCCGCUCUCGCCCGUGUUCCGCACCGAGGACGAGAGCGACCGGCCCUUCAUCUGCUCGCUGCCCCGCGACAACGGCGUGCGCAGCUGCCGCGACCUGCCGAGGUCGCGCCUCGCGGGGGGGCCCUGCGCCUCGGGGGCCGCCCUCGGGGGACGCGGUGGAGCGGCGGGGCGCCGCGCAACGGUUCGGGCCCCGCGGGCCCCUACAGCCCACACGGCCCACACGGCCCACACGGUCACUACAGCCCCUACAGUCCGCACGGAGGCCUUGGCGCGCAAGCCAUGGUGUCCAUUCCUGAGAACCAGAGCAGCGGCGGGGCGCGCCGUGUGCGUGGACUGGAGCCGCUACUACAGCGAGUGCCGCCCCGGGAAGAGGAAUCCGCACGGAGGCUCCGUGAACUUUGACAACAUCGGCUACGCGUGGAUCGCCAUCUUCCAGGUGAUCACGCUGGAGGGGUGGGUGGACAUCAUGUAUUACGUCAUGGACGCGCACUCCUUCUACAACUUCAUCUACUUCAUCCUCCUCAUCAUUGUCGGGUCGUUCUUCAUGAUCAACCUGUGCCUCGUGGUCAUCGCCACGCAGUUCUCCGAAACCAAGCAGCGUGAGAACCAGCUGAUGCACGAGCAGCGGGCGCGCCUCGGAUCGCGCGGUAGCUCCAUCGACAGCGCGGGGGGCGACCAGGAGCCGGGCAGCUGCUACCAGGAGCUGCUGCGCUACAGCGCGCGCGCCUGCCGGAGGCUGCGGCGGCGCGCGCUGCACCUGUGGGGCGCCUGCUCCUCCGCCUGCUCCUCCGCCCGCAACUCCGCCUCCUCGUCGCAGCCGCGCUCCGCCAUGCGCGGCUCCUGCCUGGAGCGCGGCGGCUGCCUCCACGUGGCCAAGCGGCGCCCGCGCUGCUCCUGCCGGCGGCACCGCUCGUCCUCCCUCCUCCGCCACCACUACCAGCAGCAGAGCCACCGCCGGCGGCACGUCAGCCACCACCACCACCAUCACCGCCACCACCACCACCAUCACCACAACCACCACCACCGGCGGGACGGCGGCGCGGCCCGGGGCACCCUCGCUGGCGGCGGCGGCAGCAGGAGGAGGAGAACGUGCAAGUCGGUCCACCGCCACAUGGUCCACCACCACCACCAUCACCACCACCACUAUCACAUCGGCAACGGCAGCGGCCAGCAGCAGCAGCAGCAGCAGUCGGCGGCGGCGGCGGCGCCCGGGAUCCCGCAGCUGGAGGCGGGAGAGGCGGGGGCACCCCUGGGUCCCGGGGGGUCGAGCGGGGCCCUGGUGGUGCGUGGGCGCGGGGGGCGAACCGCCUCCGUGCACAGCGUCUUCCACGCCGACUGCGUGCGCCUCGACUGCCCCCCCACGGGGGUCAAGCAGCCGCUGUCUCCCCCCACGCCACGUGUCACGCCCCCCAUCAGCUACCCGACCAUCAUCGCGUCGGGCCCCCCACGGAACGAGGAUGCGGCGAAAGCAAAGGCGGCGCCAGGGAGGGGGGGCUCCAUUGCUCCCUACAGGGGGCUGCGGCGCUUCUCACGCACCUACAGCAGUUCGCGCCGCGACUCGGGCCGCUCCUCCCGCGGGUCUCCCUCGCUGCUUCUGGAGCGGGAGCUGCAGCGCUGCCCGCACUGCCCGUCCGACAGCUCCGACUGCGAUUGCAGUGACAGCGAUAGUGGGAGUGACGCGGGGUCGGGGCUCGGGGCAGAGGGACCCCCGCACCCCCGGGACCCCCGGGACCCCCGGGACCCCCGGGACCUCCGGCGUCCGAGCGGCCGUCGGGACCAGGAUCGGCCCGAGGAGGGGCCACCUCGUCGGGUGGCCCGGCUCCCCGCGCGAGCGCGCAGAUGGGGGGCCGCAAGGCCCCGCUGGGCGCGCGCGUGGGGAACCGCGGGCCCUCGAUGGGCGCGCGUGAGCCGCUGGUUCCGCGCGAUCGUGGAGAGCAAGUAUUUCACCCGCGGCAUCAUGGUGGCCAUCCUCAUCAACAGCCUGAGCAUGGGCAUCGAAUACCACGAGCAGCCCGAGGAGCUCACUAAUCUGCUGGAGAUCAGCAACAUGGUGUUCACCAGCAUCUUUGCGCUGGAGAUGCUCAUCAAGCUGCUGGCGUCCGGGCUGCUGGGCUACAUCCGCAACCAGUACAACAUCUUUGACGGCAUCAUCGUCAUUAUUAGCGUGUGCGAGAUCGUGGGGCAGUCGGGUGGGGGGCUGUCGGUGCUGCGCACGUUCCGGCUGCUGCGCGUGCUCAAGCUGGUGCGCUUCAUGCCCGCGCUGCGGCGCCAGCUCGUGGUGCUCAUGAGAACCAUGGACAACGUGGCCACCUUCUGCAUGCUGCUCAUGCUCUUCAUCUUCAUAUUCAGCAUCCUCGGGAUGCAUCUCUUCGGCUGCAAGUUCAGCGUGAAGACGGAGAGUGGGGACACGGUCCCCGACCGCAAAAACUUCGACUCGCUCCUUUGGGCCAUCGUGACCGUCUUCCAGAUCCUGACGCAGGAGGACUGGAACGUGGUGCUCUACCACGGCAUGGCCUCCUCCUCACCCUGGGCCGCGCUCUACUUCAUCGCGCUCAUGACAUUCGGAAACUACGUCCUCUUCAACCUCCUCGUGGCCAUCCUGGUGGAGGGCUUUCAGGCCGAGGGAGACGCGAGUCGCUCCGACUCGGACGACGACGUGGGCGGCUCGGCGUUGGACGAGGAGGGGGACUCAGCUAAAGGGCUCCCAGUGUUGGCCUCAAAUGGUCACGCGGACCCCAAAGGGGUGGGGGGGCCGGCCCCCACGGACGCCGCCUCUUCUCCCGUUGGGGAGCCGUGGCACCACGUCGUCCUCGACGCUUCCGCGUGCAUUGUCGGCGAAGGAAUCUCGGGGGGCCCCGGGGUUCUCGUGGGGGCGGCUGUCCUCGUCGCAGGCCCGGGGCCCCGAGCAGCCCGCAGGUCGAGUGGGUCGCGAGGGGGGGCCGGGUCCCCCCGCCGCCAGGGGGAGCGCCGCUCGCUGCUCUCGCCGGACGACGGCGACGACCACGAGUUCAUCGACGCGCCGGGGGCGGCGAGCGGCGGGGACGAGGGCGCGGGGGCGAGGGAGGGGGCGAGGGAGGAGGCGCCCGCGGCGCCCGGAGCGGCGCCCGGAGCGGCGCCCCCCGUGGCGCCCCACGACGUCGCGGCGGUGCGCGUGGCCCUGCACCGGCCCGCACUGCCGCUGCCCCUGCUCAUGCCCGUGGCGCUGCACCUGUCUCUGCCCGACUGCAAUGGGAAGACACCCCCCCAUGGCUCGGCCAAACAUGCGCCGCCAGACCCCCUGGAUGAUAUUGACGAUCGCUGGUGGUUCCGGCUGGGCCGCCGCCUCCAGCGCCACCGGCCGCGCUGCUGCGUGGUGCGCGCGGAUUGGUCGCUCUACGUGUUCCACCCGCACAACCGGUUCCGCUGGGUGUGCCGCAAGAUCAUCGCGCACAAGGUGUUUGACCACGUGGUGCUGCUCUUCAUCUUCCUCAACUGCAUCACCAUCGCGCUGGAGCGGCCCGACAUCCCCAGCUACAGCGCCGAGCGCGUCUUCCUCACUGUCUCCAACUACAUCUUCACCGCCGCCUUCGUCACCGAGAUGGCUAUUAAGGUGACGGCGCUGGGCCUGGCGCUGGGGGAUGGCGCGUACCUGCGCAGCUCGUGGAACCUGCUGGACGGGCUCCUGGUCCUCGUCUCCGCCGUGGACAUUGUCGUGUCCCUCGCCUCGUCGGGAGGCGCGCGCAUCCUGGGUAUCCUGCGCGUGCUCCGGCUCCUGCGCACCCUGCGGCCCCUGCGAGUGAUCAGCCGCGCGCCGGGCCUGAAGCUCGUGGUGGAGACGCUGAUCACGUCAUUGAAGCCGAUUGGGAACAUCGUCCUCAUCUGCUGCGCCUUUUUCAUCAUCUUCGGCAUCCUGGGGGUACAGCUCUUCAAGGGGAAGUUCUACUUCUGCGAGGGGACGGACACCCGGAACAUCACGAGCCGUGCUGACUGCGCGCGUGCGCACUACCGUUGGGUGCGCCGCAAGUACAACUUUGACAACCUGGGGCAGGCGCUCAUGUCCCUGUUCGUGCUGGCCUCGAAGGACGGCUGGGUGAACAUCAUGUACGACGGCCUGGACGCCGUGGGUGAGAAUUUGCAGCCCGUGCGGAACCACAACCCGUGGAUGCUGCUCUACUUCAUCUCCUUCCUGCUGCUCGUCAGCUUCUUCGUGCUCAACAUGUUCGUGGGCGUCGUGGUGGAGAACUUCCACAAGUGCCGGCAGCACCAGGAGGCCGAGGAGACGCGGCUCCGCGAGGAGAAGCGACUCCGCCGGGCAGAGAAACGGAGGCGCAACGGAAAGGACGCGGGGGGGAGACGCGCUAAGCAGGGCGCUCACAAAAACCAUAAAGAAGCGCAGCAGAAGCCGUACUACGCUGACUACUCGCGCACUCGCAUGCUCGUUCACGGCGCGUGCACGUCCAGCUACCUGGACCUCUUCAUCACCGUGGUCAUCGGCCUCAACGUCGUCACCAUGGCCAUGGAGCACUACGACCAGCCCAGGUCGCUGGAGGAGGCGCUCAAGUACUGCAACUAUUUCUUCACGACGGUGUUCGUGCUGGAGGCGGCCUUCAAGCUCGUGGCGUUUGGCAUACGAAGAUACUUCAAGGACAGGUGGAACCAGCUGGAUCUCGGCAUCGUGCUGCUGUCCAUCAUGGGCAUUACGCUGGAGGAGAUCGAGAUGAAUGCAUCGCUGCCCAUCAACCCGACCAUCAUGCGCAUCAUGCGCGUACUGCGCAUCGCCCGCGUGCUCAAGCUCUUGAAGACAGCCACAGGGAUGCGCUCCCUCAUCGACACCGUGGUGCAGGCGCUGCCACAGGUGGGGAACCUUGGCCUCCUCUUCCUGUUGCUCUUCUUCAUCUACGCGGCCCUGGGGGUCGAGCUGUUUGGCCGCCUGAUCUGUGACGACGAGACCCCGUGCGAGGGCCUUACCCGUCACGCGACCUUCGAAAACUUCGGCAUGGCCUUCCUCACGCUGUUCCGCGUGUCCACGGGCGACAACUGGAAUGGCAUCAUGAAGGACACGCUGCGAGAGUGCGGGGCCGGGCUCCCCGCGGAGCCCCCGGGCUGCGUGGCGCACCUCCCGCUCAUCUCGCCCGUCUACUUCGUGACGUUCGUGCUCACGGCGCAGUUCGUGCUCGUGAACGUGGUGGUGGCCGUGCUCAUGAAGCACCUGGAGGAGAGCAACCAGGACGACGACGAUGACGAUGUGGAUGGAGACACCACGGAGGGCGAGGGGGGCCCCCUCGGGCCCGAAAGGGACCCGCGCAGGGAGGCCCCCUCCCCGACGCCGCGGGGAACGGGAAGCCGGUCCCCCCGGCGGCACAGCGCUGACACCGGGUGGUCCCAGUGGGGGCAGGGGGCCGAGGGGGAGCGCGUCUCCCUGGGCGGGUCCCCCUCGUGGCGGCCGGGGACCCGGCUGCGGUUCUCGUCGGACCUGUCGCUGGUGAUGGUGGACGCAGUGGAUGCCGAGUUGCUGCUCAUGGACAACCUGUCGGGCUCCGUGUGCCGCUCCUACGGCCUGAGCUCCACCCAGGGACCGCCCGGCUCCCCGAAGAUCCCAUUGGCCGAGAUGGAGGCGCUGUCCGUGACCUCCGACCUGUCGGAGCGAUCGUGGUCCCCGGAGCCGCAGCGCCGCCCGCUCGGCGCCGUCCCCUCCAUCGUCAUCGUCGUCGCCCCUCCGCGUCCUCGCCCCGCCCCCCCUGCCCCCUCGCCGCUGCUUCCCCGGGGGCCCGCACGGCGGCCUCUCGGCGUAAGCAUCGGCAGCCACCGGGGCCACGCGGUCGCCGCUGGUGUCGCGUUCUGCUCCGGUCGCAAGAAUCGGUUUGCGAUUCGCUACCGGUAA